AUGCCCGAAGAGGACCUCACGAAGAGAAGAGCUGUCAAUGCUUGUCGUCGAUGUAAACAACGGAAGGUCAAAUGCUCUGGUACCGCACCGUGUGUGAAUUGUACGAAUCGAAAUCAGUCAUGUAUCUUCGAGGAAGCAGACAGGAAGAUCGUGAUUUCAGAAAGACACUUACGUGCCCUUGAGCGUCGGGCUGCUCUUCGUGCUCGUUCCUUGCAAGAAGCUAAUGAAAUACCAUCUGCUAUUGGGCGAGAACAUAUAGAGCAAAACGUGUCCGGCAACAAUAUACGACCUCCCUAUACAUUUUCCAUCAAUGAAGAUUGUCAAAAUUAUCCUUCAACGCUUGGUCUACCCCAACAUGACUAUGUCAUCUACCUUACUGGCAUAGUCAACUUCCACCUCCAUUCGAAUUGUUUAUUUUAUAACCACACAGUGUCCUAUAAUAAUAUCGAUAGGCCACCUCGGACGUUGGAGAAGACACCAAGCCUGCGAUACGCGAAUGUAUUUGCCAUAGUAGCACUCGGAAAGCUAUUACUAGAACGAGGAGCGACGAGCUUCGGACCACCUGGGAUUGAAGAAUUCAUACAGAGUGUUAAAGCUCUCCCAUCUAGUGUUUUUCUUUGCCAGGAACCACCAUUGGCGAUCGAAACACUUUGCAUUCUCGCUAUCUACGCCCAAGCAGCAGAUAAACAUAUCGCGGCAUAUCUCUAUGUAUCGCAAGCUAUCUCAAUAGCUCGAUCAUGUCAAUUCGAUAAAAAUGAAAAUCUAGUUAACGGGCGUAACCCUAACGAACGGCAAAUCACUCAGAGGCUAUGGUGGACUGCUUGCGUGUUGGACCAAAGACUUUCCAUAAUGAUACACGCAAGCCCUAAUUGUUCCAUUGAAGAGAAUGUAGAACACCUAUUAUCAAAUGAGGAAACUUCUGUUGCCGACGUAGCACUACUUAUAAAUUUGUCUCUGGGCUAUCGAUCAGCGAGGGCGAUGACAAGUACAAGCUGA